AUGUCGGUGAAGCCAAAAGUUUGGGAGGUGGUGCCAUUUUUGGCGAUGGUGACAAUGGAGGGUAGCACCAUAGCUUUAACCAUUUGGGCAAAGACGGUUCUGACCAAUGGGAUGAGCCCUUUUGUUUUUGUUGUUUACACCCAUGCCCUUUCUUCUCUCAUUCUCUUUCCCUUCUCCAUCUUUUUCCACCGCAACGACAGAACGGAGCAGCCAAUCUUUACCGUUAGUCUGUUUCUGCGAUUCUUCCUCUUGGGUUUAACAGGGAUAACUAUACCACAGAACCUCGCGUUUUUGGGGCUCUCUCACAGCUCUCCUAUUGUCGUUUGUGCCAUGGGCCUCACGCUCCCAGCUUUCUCCUUCAUCCUCUCUCUAGUCCUCAGGAAGACAGAGAUAGAUUGGAGAAGCUCAAGCUUCCAAACAAAAGUAACGGGUGCAAUAGUAUGUUUCAUGGGAGCAACAACGGUGGAACUCUUCAAGGGUCCACUAAUAAAACACUCUUCUUCUUUGCACGUACCUCUUCUCUCCACCAACAGAUUUUUGAUAUUCUCGUCAACCCCUGAAUAUUGGAUUCUUGGUGGCCUUUUAUUGGCAGCUGCUAACGUAUCCGUCUCAGUAUGGAAUGUUCUCCAGAUGGAGACAGUAAAACAAUAUCCACAACCGAUGAAAGCGGCCGCCUUUUACAGUGCACUUGGGACAAUCCAAUCUGCGAUUCUGUCUUUCUUCGUACUGGAAAGAAAGCCGGAUGCUUGGGAAGUGGAUGUUAAUAACACGGAAAUUCCUCUCAUUGUCUUAACAGCAACUUUCGUGGGUCUAAUUCGAAGUUGCGUCCACCUAUGGUGCAUGCGCAUGAAAGGCCCGUUUUAUGUGCCCAUGUUCAAGCCAUUCGGGCUUCUUUUUGCCACCACUUUUGGUGUUAGCCUCCCUGCAAGCACUCUUCGUUAUGGAAGUGUAAUUGGAACAGCUAUAGUUGCAAUGGGGUAUCUUACUAUGAUGUACGGCCAACAAAAUGAAGAUGAAGCGAGUACGAAACAUGGUACGGUUGAUAAAUUAGGUGAGACUCCCGAGGAGAAGGUCCCUCUUUUGCAAGAAGAAAAUGUGUAG